AUGUCAGGUUCAUUUCGAGCAAAAAACGAUAAACAACCAAUUGAACGACGUAGUAGUAUCAGACUUCGUCAUAGAACUGACGAUGACGAUGAAGGCGCUGCGUGGAGCAUUGGUAGUAACGGUGGUUUAAGUCGAUCAAGUCAAGACGAUGGAUUAAAUUUUCAAAAUUUUUCCGUUCAUUCUGAGCAUAUCGAUCGAUUUUCUGAUAAAAAGCUCGAUCGGGAAGAAUAUUUCCAGUUGAUUCAGAAUAAAAAUGGCGAGUAUUCUUACGAUGGAAUCGAAGAAAUUCUACCUGAUUCUGAUGAUGAGCGAAUGGAUGAUGAUGAACGUUUGUAUACCAAUGAUGAUCGAAGUUCUUUCACUCGCGAACAAUUUAUUGAAUACCAACAAUUAAUCAAACUACUUCGUUUUGUCAAAAACGGAGGUCGAUGUACCACGAUUCUAUCCUUAGCUUUGUUACAUGAUCAUAAUUUACACGACCGAAGUGCGUUUUUCGCAUUUAAAGACACGUCAACCAUCAAUGUGUUGUUGAAUUUUCUCGAAAUGUUCGAUCGUGAUCUCAAACUAAACACAUUGUACGUUUUGGAAAAUGCUUGUCAAAACCCAUCAUUCGCUUAUGAAGUCUUUCAUCUUGGAGGAAUCAUGACGAUGAUCGAUAGUAUGUGUUUAGAUCACUUUGGUAUUCAGGAAAGUUGCUCAAUUCUCAUUCAUAUUUUACAAUUUCGACGUGCGAGACGAGUUAUUCGACGUUCCGGUGGAAUUAGCAAAUUAGUAAAAGAUUUUCAUAGAAGAAUCCAUUUUAAUCUGAUUGACAUGACAAAUACGGACUUAACACGUGUCAUUUGCGAAUCUUUGUACUAUUUAUCAUCGGAUUCGAGUCUUCUGCAGUUUAUCUAUCAGUAUGGAUUUAAGAAACUCAAAGAUUUGUUAGAGCAAACGACUGAUUCAUCGAUAUUUUGUUCGAUUAUCAACAUCCUCACUGAAUUUAUUCGAACGAAUGAGAAUCUUUCCAGUGAUAUUGUAUCAAAUAUAAUUAAAUUCCUGCGAAAUUCGUCGAAUUCAUCUUAUUUAUUACGGAUAAUUCAAUCCUUAAACCAAUUAACUAAACAUUCUCAAACAAUUCAGAUCUUUAAACAUGAAAAUCUCUUUCGAGAUUUCAUUUUCUAUUUACAAACGAUCACGAAUCCUGACAUUCUAUCAAACAUUCUCUCCAUCCUUCAACAAUGCGGCAAAGACAAACAAGCGACUAUGAUGAUUGUCGAUAACCAUGGUUUCGAGGAGCUUUGGACUUUGUUCAAAUUAGCUUCAUUACCAAUUCAAAUAGCUUCCGGUUGGACAAUUCAAAAUUGCCUCGUUUCCCUUGAAAAUCACGGUGAAUUGAUUCGUUCGUUCGAUGGAAUUUUCUAUUUAAUUCUGCAGACAUUAUCAACAGAGAGCAUUGAUUUACUUGGUGUGACUCUGUCGAUUAUAGCUGAAAUUGUUAAAGAUGAAUAUAAUCUUGAGAUUUUAACAGAUCUCGGUAUCGUGACAAAACUUUGUCAACUGAAUUCUCUCGACAAUUCGCAAUUGAGUAAACCAUUUUGUGAUGCUCUGGCCAAUCUAUCAGAUUUACCGAGAAAUCAAAAACAAUUCGGCAGUCGUCGUGUUAUCCUUGCUCUGAAAAGCUAUUUUAAACAGCAAAAUUCUCAAUUAUUUCGACCGUUGACAAAAGCGAUAUACGAUCUUUCACUCAUUCCAUCGAAUUGCGUUCUUCUGCAUGACGUCGGGAUCGCAUCGGAACUUCUUCGAUUGAUUGGCGAUGACGAUCCAAUCGUUCAAGAGAAAGCGGCGAAUGCUUUGCGAAAUAUGCGGCAAUUGCUUGAUGAUAACAGACAAGUAGAACGAACUCUGAAUAAAGAAAUUAAUCGAACAUCGACACAAAAACUGAUCGAUAAACGAGAGAAAUGUCUUCUCAUGUCUCAAUGA